GAUGUGUACUGUGACAUGGACACUGAUGGAGGAGGAUGGACGUUGUUUCAGAAGCGCAUGGACGGCUCUGUUGACUUCUAUAGAAAUUGGACCUCAUACAAAGACGGGUUUGGAAAUUUAAGUUCAGAACACUGGCUAGGUAACGACAAGAUCCACCUCCUGACUGAACAAGACAGCUAUGAGCUGCGUGUGGAUAUGGAGGACGCGGAUGGUAUCUGGGCGUACGCUCACUAUGACAACUUUGCCAUCUCAUCAGAGUCGGCCAACUAUCAGUUGACUGUUGGAACAUAUUCUGGGACCGCGGGUGAUUCACUAGCACUGCUUCACAAUGGAAUGGAGUUCACUACGAAAGAUCAUGGCAGCAAUGGCGGUAAUUGUGCGAUUACUUUCAAGGGGGCGUGGUGGUAUGGCAGCUGUCACCUUUCGAACUUGAACGGCCUGUAUCACCUUGGUGACCACACGUCAUUCGCUGACGGGGUCAACUGGAAAACAUUCAGGGGUUAUUAUCACUCCUUGAAGACAACCGAGAUGAAGAUCCGCCCUGUUAAUUUUUAG